AUGCCGGUUAACCCAGCUUGGUUGACUGAUGCGGAGGUGCGGGCAUCUCUGGCCCAUAUGGCACAAGCCAUGAUUGCCCAGAUUAACUGGCAGAAUGUUGAGAGGGAGAACCCACUAGUGCUUAGCAGGGCGAAAAGGCUAAGAGACUUCACGAGGAUGAACCCUCCUAUUUUCACAGGGUCUAAGAAUUUAGAGGACCCCCAAGAGUUUGUGGAUGAGGUAGAGGACAGCCGCAAAAAGAGAGGCGUACAUGAUGCUAGGAGGACGAAUCCUCAAGAUCAGGAACGUCCCAUCCACGGAGGCCAAAGAAACAAUUUUGGCGUCUGUGAGCAGCCCAGGUUAAAGAAAGGGCAGCAGAGUUCUGGGAAUUCUAAUUCCCAGAGGAUUACAACACUUAGAGGAGGUAGACCUGAGCCCAAGAAGGGCAAUGGAGGUGAGAUGCAGCGUCCCAAAAAGAAUUGUGCUAAGUGUGGCCGUGCUCACAGUGGAGAGUGCAGACAUGGCACUAAUGCCUAUUUCGGUUGCGGUAAGAGUGGACAUAUGGUUAGAGACUGCCCACAGAACAUAGGCCGAGCUGGAGAGGUGGACCCGAGGAAGACAGAGGCUGUUAAGAAUUGGCCAAAACUCUUACUCCCACAGAUAUCCGUAGCUUAUUGGGAAUGGCAAGUUACUAUCGCAGGUAAGGCUAAUAUUGUAACCGAUGCUUUGAGCGGGAUGAGCAUGGGAAUUACAACCCACAUUGAGGAUGAAAAGAAGUAG